ACCAUGGCUGAAGAGCAGCCGCAGGUCGAGCUGUUCGUGAAGGCUGGCAGUGAUGGAGCCAAGAUUGGGAACUGCCCCUUCUCCCAGAGACUGUUCAUGGUGCUCUGGCUCAAGGGAGUCACCUUCAACGUGACCACCGUUGACACCAAGAGGCGAACUGAGACGGUACAGAAGCUGUGCCCAGGAGGGCAGCUCCCUUUUCUGCUGUAUGGCACCGAAGUGCACACAGACACCAACAAGAUUGAAGAAUUUCUGGAGGCAGUGUUGUGCCCUCCCAGGUACCCCAAGCUGGCAGCUCUAAACCCUGAAUCAAACACAGCUGGCCUGGACAUAUUUGCCAAAUUUUCUGCCUACAUCAAGAACUCAAACCCAGCACUCAAUGAUAAUCUGGAGAAGGGGCUCCUGAAAGCCCUGAAAGUUUUAGACAAUUACUUGACAUCCCCCCUCCCAGAAGAAGUGGAUGAGACCAGUGCUGAGGAUGAGGGCAUCUCGCAGAGGAAGUUUCUGGAUGGAAAUGAGCUCACUCUAGCUGACUGCAACCUGUUGCCAAAGCUCCAUAUAGUACAGGUGGUGUGUAAGAAGUACCGUGGAUUCUCCAUCCCUGAGAUGUUUCGGGGGGUGCAUCGGUACUUGCGCAAUGCCUAUGCGAGGGAAGAGUUCGCCUCUACCUGUCCAGAUGAUGAGGAGAUCGAGCUGGCCUAUGAGCAAGUGGCCAAGGCCCUUAAAUAAGCCCCUCCCGCAGCUCCCUCACCCCUCCUCCAUUUUUCUCCACAAAGGCCCCCGGGUGGUUUCCACUUGGCUACCCAGUGGACACAUUCCAAAAUGUCCAGUGGGAAGUGAAUUCUGGAGCACUUGUGCAGGACUGCCUUGAGGAUGAAGGGAAGGAACGGGGGAUCUGGGUGAGAUUUCUAUUGUGGGGUGGGAUGGGAUUGGUAGGACAAUGUAUUUCAGUAAUAAAAUACAGAAUGAAAAUCUA